UUGAUGUGUAUUUUUUUUGAAUUACAGGUUACGAACCGAAAUAAACCGAACCUGAUUAAUCAUGGAUGGCAAAUACGUACGAGCUGCAGAGGAUAGCGAACAUGAGAAUUUGCGCGAAGAGUCGUGUGAACUCAACUAUAUUUCAAAUGUCCAGAGUCAGGAACGGACGGGAAGCUGUAGUAUCUACGAGAACGAACAAGAACAGGACCACGAUUCAGAUCCUAGCACUUCGAGCUCUUCGGAGGAGUCGAGCGAAGAAGAUGAGCGUCAGAAUCUAGAAAACGAGACACUAACAGAGGAGUCGAAAGGCUCGCCAAAGGGAACGAAUUCUGCAAUGGUCCGAAAAAUUGAACGACUGGAGAAAGAUGUAGCGGACUUGGUUCAUGCUAUGACCUCAUAUGAGCGGCCGAAAAACACAGCACGUACCGACACAGGAGAGCCUUGGAGUGUACCCCACGACCGCGAUGACGUUGGCGAGAGCUGGAGUGUUCCUCACACUGACGGUUCCCAACCCAGUUUGAGAUGGGAUCACAUAAAACCCUUCCCGAGCGGUAUUCCCGCGAACAAAAUGGCGGAGGAAUGGAAUCGGUUAAUCGAGAAUUUUGAGCUAGCAGCCUCCUUAGGAAACGCAACAAGCCCUGCACAACGAACUAAGCUGCUAUUUUUGUAUUUGGGUCAGGAGCUCCAGGGAAUAGUAAGAGCUGCCAACUUGCGACCGAGUCUAACGGGGCCAGACUGCUACUCUCUGUUUGUGAACAACGUCACAAAAUAUCUCCAAUCCAUGACCGACACCGCGGCGGAACACGAAGCAUUCGCGGGAAUGACGCAAGGAACUGGAGAAUCUGCGGUGGCCUUCCACGCAAGACUUCGAGAAAAGGUUAGGUUGUGCGGCUACAGUCCUCUCGAUCAGGAUCGGUUCGUCAGAGCUCAAUUACUUAAAGGACUUCGAAACAGGGAUCUUACUAAGACAGCGAGAAUCUACAACUACGACAUAACUUUUAUUGUCCAAUCCGCGACAAGAGAAGAGGCUUACGCGGCGGAAACAGCGAGGCCCAGUGGUUCCGAUAUUUCUGCAGUACAUCGAGGAAAUUGGAAACAGCCUCCAGAAGUACAUCGGAAGCACAUGCGGGAAGAUGAUCAAGAGUAUACAAAUCAGAAAAAGCGAUACCGUAGGUCCGACAAGCGAUUUGAUGCACGCCACAAUCGUUGCAAUCGCUGCAGUCGUCCAGCUCACAGGAACAGCACCACAUGUCCGGCUCUGGGUAAAACCUGCAACGGAUGUGGCGAACGAGGACACUUUAUCGCGGCAUGUCGGAAGCGACAAGUGAAUAACGUACAACGUGAUUCGGAUCGUAUCAACUCAUCCGGUUGGUCUGAUGAAGAAAAAGAAGAAAAGAAAAAGCACGUGAAUGCCCUGUCGCUUAACGAUGUGUUGGUUACCUGUAGCGUGGGGUCAUCCAGUCCAAUAACGUUCCUCAUUGACUCUGGGACUGACGUGAACGUCAUCGGAGGUAAUGACUGGAAAUUUCUAAAACGGGAAUUCCGCACAGGUCGGGCUGAGCUUCAUCCGGUGCAGCCAUCAAUAGCCACUGGGUUACAUGCUUAUGGUUCAAAAGAACCAAUAACUAUCAAUGGCGCAUUCAAAGCUGAGAUUAUUAUACCCGGAACAUCGACACCCCCGGUUGAAGCGUUAUUCUACGUUGCGGGCGAAGGACGGCGUUCGUUACUCGGUCGAUCAACAGCGAGCGACAUGAGGUUGCUGCAUGUAGCAGUAACGAUCAACAGUUGCGAGAACCAGAAUAAUACGCAAGUGUUCCCCAGAAUGCCUGGAAUCAAAAUCAAGUUCAGCAUCGAUAAGAGUAUUGUACCCGUUAAAAUCGCCUAUUACAACGUCCCAGCGGCCUUCAGAGAGGGAGCGCGAAACAGGCUGCGAGAGAUGGAACUCCGUGGCAUUAUAGAGCGAGUCACUAAGGCACCAGAGUGGAUAAGCGGCAUGUCCGCAGUAGCCAAGGGUAAAAACGACUUCCGGUUAGUUGUCAACAUGAGGGGACCUAACAAAGCGAUCAAACGAGAGUACUAUCGUUUGCCAUUGAUCGAUGAAAUGAAACUAAAACUUCAUGGGGCUCAAAAAUUUUUUAUUUUUCAAAACUCGACCUGAGUAAUGCAUACUAUCACUUGGAACUAUGUCAAGAGUCUCGCGACCUUACGACGAUCCUAACCGAAACAGGCAUGUUUCGUUUUACGAGAUUAAUGUUUGGCGUUAACUGUGCGCCAGAUAUAUUUCAACGCGAAAUGGUCCGUAUCCUAGAGGGCGUAAAGAACGUCUUCUUCUUCUUCUUCUUCUUCUUCUUCUUCUUCAAUGGCACUAACGUUCCUAGAGGAACUUCGCCGUCUCAACGUAGUAUUACUUGCGUCAUUUUUAUUAGUACUUAGUUGAGAUUUCUAUGCCAAAUAACAGGCCUUGAAUGCAUUCUGAGUGGCAAGCUCUAGAAUACGCGACAGUGCAAGUCGGAGGAAAUUUCUUUGACGAAAAAUUUUUCCGACCAGAACGGGAAUCGAACCCGAACACCCGGCAUGUUAGUUAUGACGCUAACCACUCGGCCAAGGGAGCACAGCGUAAAAAAUGUGAUCGUGUAUAUAGCUGAUAUUUUAUUAUACGCAACAACAUUGGAAGAACUCCGCAAAAUAGUUGCGCAGGUGCUACGCAUAAUGAAAGCAAACAAUCUGACUAUAAACACGAGUAAAUGUGAAUUUGAUAAGGAUCGAAUCAAGUUUCUCGGCCAUGAGCUUGACAUGGACGGUUUUCAUAUAGAAAAAGCUAAGGUAAAGAGCGUUCAGUACUUUAGAGAACCGACGACGAUCUCUGAGCUCCGCAGUUUCCUAGGUCUUGUUUCGUUUGUGAGCCCUCAUAUUAAAAAUUUUGCCGAUAUAACCAGUCCACUCUGGACCGCAACAACAUCGUGGAAUUAGGGUCCUCAACA